UCGUUGCUGAUUCACCCUCCCGCUUCAGCCCAGCCCUGGAAGUUUCCCUCUGCCAAGCAAAACCUUCGUGAGAGGAGAGCAAAGAUGAAAGUCUGUGCUCCUUUCACUGUUGUCUUGGCUCUGACUCUGAGCAGUGACUGUGCAAGGAUGCACUACAAAUCUGAGGCAGGAAGAGGCUCAAAACAUGAGUUCACUCUCCCACAAGUGUUUACAGAGGAUGGAAAUUUAUGCAAAUUUCCUUUCCGGUACGGUGGAAGGUUUUAUCACUCAUGUUUAUCAAAUCUAUUUUCCCGAAAGAAAUGGUGUUCAACAACACAUAACUAUGACCGCGACAGGAGAUGGGGACACUGCGCUUUGUUGCCCAAAGACCACUCAGAUCACUGCGCAAACAACCCUUGCCAAAACGGAGGGACCUGUUCUUUUGCUCAUGGCCAUAGGAUGUACCACUGUACCUGUCCCGAGGAAUUCACGGGCGAGAACUGCCAGAUGAAGAAAUGUUUUGACAACAGUCUCUACGAGUUCUUUGAUGUGGGCAUGAGCUGGUCAAGAGUCCAACAAGGAGCUGUGGAGCAGUGCGUGUGUGUGAAUGGCCAGAUCGAGUGCGAGAGUGUCAAACACAAAAGUUGUGUUCGUGAUCCUUGCAUGAAUGGUGGAGAAUGCAAAAUGGUUAUCUUCAGUGGGAAAAUAGUAUGUGAUUGCAAAGGAAAUUAUGCAGGAAAGUAUUGCAAUAUUGUUCCUAGCCAUCGGUGCUAUGUUGGCAAUGGCACAGAGUACAGAGGUAUGGCAAAGACGACCAUUUCUGGACACAGCUGCUUGCCUUGGGAUUCAGACUUGCUUUACCAAGAGCUACAUGUCGACAGUGUGGAGCAAGCAGUACAGCUUGGCUUGGGGCCAUUCUCUUACUGCAGAAAUCCAGAUGAUGAUGAGAAGCCGUGGUGUUACAUCACGAAGGACGACAGUUUGUCUUGGGAGUAUUGUGACGUUCCAUCCUGUGCAAGCAGGGAAAGGAGGCCACCACUUCCAGACAAUGUAGAUAGUUCUGCAGUUACCAGAAGACCAUGUGGGAGAAGACACAAAAAAAGAAGUUUUGUGAGACCUAGGAUUGUUGGGGGAUCUUCAUCUCUGCCUGGAUCUCACCCCUGGACAGCAGCUAUCUAUAUUGGAGAGAGUUUCUGCGGUGGAAGCCUUAUUCAGACUUGCUGGGUUGUGUCAGCAGCACACUGCUUUGCUAACAGCCCACUAAAAUCCACUAUUACGGUAGUUCUGGGUCAGCAUAUAUUUAAUAGAACAACUGAUGUAACACAAACAUUUGAAAUAGAAAAAUACAUUUUGCAUCCUCAGUAUUCGGUGUUCAACCCUACUGAACAUGAUAUUGCUUUGAUUAAGCUAAAGAAGAAUGGUCAACGUUGUGCCGUCAAGUCCCAGUUUGUUCAGCCCAUCUGCUUGCCGGAAAGUAACACUGUUUUCCCUGAUCAGUUCAAAUGUCAGAUUUCUGGAUGGGGACACAGGCAUGAGAAUAUAUCUGGUUAUUCAAAUGUCCUGCAAGAAACACUGAUUCCAAUUAUUCCUGAGGAGAAGUGCAGAAGCCCUGAAAUUUAUGGAACAGAAAUCACUGAAAAUAUGUUCUGUGCUGGCUACUUCGAUAGCAAAUCUGAUGCUUGUCAGGGAGAUUCUGGUGGACCUCUGGCCUGUGAGAAAAAUGAUAUCUCUUACCUCUAUGGAGUUAUCAGCUGGGGAGAUGGCUGCGGCAGAGUCAACAAACCUGGAGUAUAUACACGAAUGACAAACUAUGUAAACUGGAUUAAUGAGAAAAUAGCCCCCCAAAAAACUAGUUGA